AUGCCUAGGGUUGCUGGCAUUACAACUCCACGCGUUCGCACCCACGAAACCCACGACUACUAUGCCCUUCAUCUCCGAUCCGGUGCCUCGCCUCAACAGGUUGCGUCAGCUCUUGGCCUUGAUUAUGAAGGCAAGCUAGGAGAGCUCCCGGAUCACCACACCUUUUCCUCGCCCCGCCGUAGAAGGCAUGCAGCGGAUGCUAUACUCGAAGACCUACGACGGCGGCGGCGGAGACGAGACUUGACUGGACUUGGUGCUCUGCAAGGAGUUUUAUGGUCCCAAAGGCAGAAGACUAAGGCUCGCAUGGUGAAGAGAAACGUCCUGCCUCCCAUACCACAUCGGGCGCCCCCUGUCCCUGGAAGUAAGGAAGGUGCAAAGCCUGCUUCUGUCGCAGAUGUACCUGUGAAUACAGAGCCUGUCGCGAACCCAGAAGCUGUGACCCAGAGGACAGACCUGGCAAGGGAACUCAGUAUCGAGGACCCCAUAUUCAAUGAGCAAUGGCAUUUGUUCAAUACCAUACAGCUUGGCCACGAUAUAAAUGUUACUGGUGUAUGGAAACAGGGCAUCACCGGCGAAGGUGCCACUGCCGUUAUGGUCGAUGAUGGUAUUGAUAUGUACAGCGACGAUUUGAAGGAUAAUUACUUUGCUAAAGGAUCGUACGAUUUCAACGAACAAACGGAUGAACCCAAACCAAGACUCAAAGAUGACAGACAUGGCACAAGAUGCGCUGGGGAGAUUGCUGCUGUCAAAAACGGGGUCUGCGGUGUCGGCGUGGCCUACAGUGCCCGGAUUGGGGGUCUCCGGAUUCUUUCGAAGAUCAUCACAGACGAAGAUGAAGCAUCGGCGAUGAACUAUGCGUUUCAGGACAAUCAGAUAUACUCCUGCUCAUGGGGUCCUCCAGAUGACGGACGGUCAAUGGAUGCUCCGGGUAUCCUGAUUAGAAAGGCUGUAGUAAACGCCAUUCAAAAGGGACGACAAGGAAAGGGAAACAUCUAUGUCUUCGCCGCGGGAAACGGUCGCGGAUCUGGGGAUAAUUGCAAUUUUGAUGGAUAUACGAAUAGUAUCUACACGAUUACCGUCGGAGGUAUUGACAGAAAAGGUAAACAAACAUAUUACUCGGAACACUGUUCCGCUCAGCUGGUAGUCACCUACAGCAGUGGCAGCGGGGAUGCCAUACAUACUACGGAUGUGGGCGUCAAUCAGUGCUACGCGAACCAUGGUGGCACUUCCGCUGCUGCGCCACUGGGUGCUGGUAUAUUCGCCUUGGCAUUGUCAGCUCGACCAGAGCUCACUUGGCGGGAUUUGCAACAAAUUCUCGUCCUGACUUCGGUUCCAAUCAACGAGGAUGAAGACUGGGAUACAUCCUACAUUGGGAGGAAGUUUAGCCAUGCCUACGGCUAUGGCAAAUUAGACGCAUACGCUGUUGUUGAGAAGGCCAAAACCAUCGAUCUCCUUAAGCCACAAGCAUGGUUGAAUUCGCCAUGGAUGCACGUCAAACACCCCAUCCCUCAGGGAGUAGAGGGGCUAAUAAGCACAUUUGAAGUCACCGAAGACCAAAUGAAGAAAGCCAACCUGGAAAGAGUCGAACAUGUCACUGUCACUAUGAACAUUGAACAUACCCGCCGUGGCGACCUCAGCGUCGAGCUCCGAAGCCCUGCAAAUUUGGUCAGCCACUUAAGUGUAACACGCCGCUUAGACGACGCAAAACAAGGUUACGUUGACUGGACUUUCAUGUCUGUAGCCCAUUGGGGAGAACCCGGCAUCGGCAAAUGGAGCGUUGUCGUCAAAGACACCGAAGUAAACGAGCAUAAUGGUUCCUUCAUUGACUGGAAAUUGACUCUUUGGGGCGAAUGUGUCGAUCCUUCAUCUCAGGAGCUCCUCCCUAUGCCCAAGGAGGACGAUGAUGAUGAUCACGAUGUCAUGACCGCCUCUCCAUCGUUCGUAAGCGUCGCUCCUGUCACCGGCGAAAUCGACCUCCCCGCAAACCCGACUGACCACCAACACCGCCCCGUAAACGCAAAACCCACAGGUAAAGCAAAACCCACAAGCUCAGAUCAUCAGACAACAACCACUCCAUCUGUAUCUGUAUCUGCAUCGGCAUCUGCAUCUGUAUCUGCUACCGUAACCAGUCUUCCCUCAGAACCACCCGAAGAAGACACAGAGUCUUCCCAUUUCCUCCCCCAUUACUUUCCAACUUUCGGCGUCAGCAAGCGCACCCAAGUCUGGAUUUACGGCGCCUUCGCCAUCAUCGUACUUUUCUGCGCCGGUCUCGGCACGUACUUUUUCGUCCAGCGCCGUAAGCGUAGGAGAAGCGAGAGGGAGGACUACGAGUUUGAAGUGCUGGAUGAUGAGGAUGUGGCGCUGAAUGGUGGCGUGAGUGGGAAGAAGAAGGGGAGGAGGGCGGGAGAGCUAUAUGAUGCAUUUGCGGGGGAGAGCGAUGAGGAGGGGCUGUUGAGUGAUGAGGAUGAUGAAGGGUAUAGGGAUGAGGGACCGGCUGAGAGAGCGGCUGAGAGAGGGAAGGAAAGCAGAGAUGAGAAGUGA